UAAUUUUUCUGAUUGCCCACAUGGAGAGGACGAAGAUAAACUCAUAUGCACCGACUUCUCUGGAAGUAUGCAACAUUAUCACAAAGUCAUUGAUAUCAAAAACCCGAAUCCAGAACCAGUUCCACAAUUAAAAUCAAAACGUAAUGAAUCAAAUACACUUUGUGCUUUAAGCAAUUACCCCUCCAAAUGUGAUUGUUUCAAUGAAACAUGGUUACGAUGUAAUGAUAUCGGGCUAACAAAAGUGCCUAGAAAUAUAUCUUCUAAUCUAAAAAAAAUAUCAAUGAGGAGCAACAAUAUAGUUCUUUCUAACGAUUCAUUUGAUGAAUAUUAUUCAUUGAUAAUGAUCCACUUACAAUAUAAUAGAUUGUCUGUGAUACCUCCAUUUGUUUUUAAACAUCAAAAUAAACUAAAAUAUCUUUUUUUACUUCAUAAUGAGUUGCGUGUUUUGGAAAAAAAUGCACUUUAUGGAUUGGAAAAUAUUAGAACUUUAUUUUUGGAUAAUAAUAACUUGGUGUUUUUAAAUUUAAAUUCUUGGAAACACAUGCAAAAUGUAAAAUGGAUAUAUUUAUCACAUAAUUUUUUGACUUUUAAGAACGAAUGUUUUCCACACUUAAUGAGUCUUAUAAUGCUACAUUUAGAAUGGAAUCGUAUCGAAAUAAUAAAUGAGUUCCUGUUCGCUAACAUGCCAAAUCUAACGGUCUUGAAUUUAAGUAAUAACGUAAUCACAGUGAUUCAUAAAAAUGCAUUUAAAAACUUAUUGAGUCUUUCGGAUUUAAAUAUAGCUGAUAAUCGGAUUACAACAAUCACGCAGGAAAUUUUUCAUCCUUUAAAAAUAUUAGAUAAAUUAGUUUUAGGAAAUAAUCCAAUUACAAGAAUAAAUAAUGUUGUUUUCACUGAAAUGAAAAGUCUUUCUUCGUUAGAUAUGAAUGGCAUUAAUAAAGAAAAUAUUGAACUGUCAUUAUUAAAAAACUUGACUGCAUUGGAAUUUCUAUACUUAAAAGAAUUCCAUUAUUGUGUUUUGUAUGCCCGACAUGUUGACAUUUGUUUUCCAAACGUUGAUGGGUUAUCAUCAAGUUUUAAUCUCCUCCCAAAUUCAACUUUUCGAUGGUUCCUAUGGACAAUAACAGUUCUAACAUUGAUUUUUAACUUAUUAGUAUUAUAUGGUCGGAUGUUUAAUAUAUUUAAAGAUGAAAAUAAAGCAAUAAACUUUGUCAUACGGAAUUUAACUGUUGCAGAUUUGUUCAUGGUGAUAUAUUUAAUGUUUAUUGGUUAUCAUGAUCAAAUAUAUCGGAAUGAAUAUCAUUUGUAUGCACAUAAAUGGGAGUCAUCUAAUUUGUGUACCAUGGUUGGAAUUAUGGCUGUGAUUUCGUCAGAAGUAUCUAUGCUCAUAUUGGUGUUUCUCAGUUUGGACAGAUUUUUAUUAAUAGCUGUACCAUUUUCUGGUUAUCAAGUAUUGAAAAUGAAAACAGCUGUAUACUGUAUGAUAUCAAUUUGGGUGGUUGGGAUAAGUAUAUCAAUCGCACCAUUGAUUUUAUGGAAGCAGUCGUCAAAAUUUUACGGUUCUAACGGUUUGUGUUAUCCUUUAUAUAUUGAAGAUCCAUUUGUAAAUGGAUGGCAAUAUUCAGCAUUCAUGUUUUUGGGAUUAAAUACAACAAGUGUAUUGUUGAUGUCCGUUUUGUAUGCAUUAAUGUUUAUAAAUGUCAGAAAAACAAGACACGCUGCUCACGUUUCUGCUGGUGAUUUCGAUUUUGCAGUUCGUUGCUUUUUCAUUGUUUUGGCGAAUAUUUUAUGUUGGUCACCUAUAAUUAUUUUGAAAUUGGCAGCUUUAAGAAAAUACCAUAUUUCAAGUAAAAUGUACGUAUGGUUAAUUAUAUUUGUUGUACCAAUCAAUGCAUUGGUAAAUCCAUUAUUAUAUACUUUUACAACACCUAAGUAUAUGACAGCUGUAACUUCAAAAAAUAUUUUCAAGAUGACUUACCGUUACUCGAGCAGUGGUGUAGAAAUGUCACAAUCAUCGCAUCCGAUAUCCAUAUACACUAAAAAAUAUAUCAAGACAAAUAAAAAGAAGGCACUUAAAGAAAAACGAAAAGACAAAAAUAGCACUCAAGAAAACAGUUUAGAAUCAACAAAUGGUGAAUAA